GGCCUGCUCCUUCUCUCCCGGUAUUUACUCGAGGUUUAUGGCGGGAUUAGCUGUGUGGUCUGGAAGCGGCUGUCCUCUUUCAUCCUCAUGGCUCUGGAGCCGCCCAGAAGCCUUUUACUUUCCAUCCAGCCCUGGCACCUAGAGGGCAGGCAGUCCCGGCGACUGGAAAGCAUCAGAGCUCGCUCCGCAGGCCUCAGAAGCGCGGUUUCGCCGGCAUGGGGGGAGGUGCUGCUCGCCCCGUAGCGUUCACUCAGCGGGACUAGCCCGCCCCAUCCACAUAGGGUGCACGGUCCUCCCCGCCCCCACUCACGGGCUGGCGAGGGCUGGCGGGGCUCCCGGCGCCCAUUGUGCAGGCAGCUGGCACCAGCUGGGAAGGGAAUUAACAUAACAAAGAGCCGGAGCGAGCGCCGCGCGGCCGGGCGGGGGCUCUGCAGAGCGCCCCGGGCUGGAGGAGCGCGCGGUCGCCGGCUGUCGUGCACCGAGGCAGCAGGCCUCGCGGGGCACAGACAGUGGGUGCAGGCGUAUGUCGGCGACGCAUGUGCAUGUGCGUGCAUGCGGGUGCGCGCCUGCCUGGGACUGCGUCCCCAGGCCUGGGAUGUUGAUGCCCCUGCCUCAGUUCACCUGCAGAGGUUGGGCACUCACGCGCUCAGCAUCCUAGCGUCCAGAUUGGCCUUCUUUGAAAACGCAGUCCUUUUAACUUUCAUCACCUGUUCUCAGCCGGGUCCACACCUCGGAACUACCAGGGGAACUUUCCCCAGGCCACUCUAUACUCACUCUAUACUCCAGACCUUUUUGGCUUGGCCUAGGCCUCCAACGUUGUUGACAGAAGCGUCAGCACUGGUUCUAUCUUUCCCGGGCUGGACACCCCAGGGCGCGCCCUGACCCCGACCAAGGACCAGAGGAAGAGGCCAGGGCCCUACCGGGAGCCCUCGAGUUUGAGGCUUUAGAGCUUGGCCUUCUUCUCCCCUGGCUCGGAGGGUCAAGGACACAUUCCUGCUUAAUGCUUCUGUUGCAAGCUUCCGACUGGACAGCUUCACCUCGCUUAUUGCUAAAAGCCCAUGGGAAGAAAGCUGUCGAGAUGGGAAAGCUCAACUGAACUAUAGGCAGACAGAUGGAUAGACAGAUAAAAAACAAAUCUCUGUGUUUAGACUACUGCCAGGCCUCCGAGGCCCUUGGAGGUCUCCUGUGGGGACUGUAAAAGGGAGUCAAGGCUCAGCAGGACCCGCAACUCGAAAAGCAGACAGGGCCCAGAUACGCUAGGCCCCUUGCGCUCUACCUCGGUGACUCCCUCUUCGCGUGUCCCCGUCCCCUCCAAAUCCCAUCUUGCCAUGGGGUUUGGGCAAAAGGGCGAGCCCUCCAUAAGCCUCCCGCAGCUGUGGCAGCUGGGUGGUCCCAGGAGGGUAAGAAGUAGGCAGAGGAAGCGCCGUGGCGGGAACCUGGGCUCCGGAACCGAUGUGCACCUCAGCGCCUCCGCGGUCACUUGGCUGCACGCUUGCUCCUGGCGGGAGCCGGGCAUGGAUGAACUCCACUGCCUCAGGCUGGCUGAGCGUCUCCCCACAGGGAGGAGAGUGACUGAGAUCAGCCGUCCGGCUAUGUCAUCUCGAAGCUCCGUGUCAUCCACAGGGCCGGGUUCUCAGAAUGUGUUCCUGAUGCCUUCGAACACUUUCAAGGGGGCUUGGGCCCCUGAGGCUACCACCCAGGACCACGUUCCUCUUUUCCGCUGGGAAUGUAAGCUCUCGGUGGUUAGUGACUCAGCACAGUUCACUACAGUUCAAGUAGCUAUCCGAUCAAGCAGAGCCCAGAAAAAGCUGGGUGUUAACUUCUGCGGACUUGUUUUACCUCGUAAGUCCCCAUCCUAAGGUGUCUGACAGUCCUGCAAAGGGAAGAAGGUGGCACCACUGGACCUCAGCCUGAGAAUCACCCUGUUCAAGGUCAGCAGGCAGUCAGGUGACCUGGCUGCUUUGCAGCGACUUGGUAUUGGCUACUGUUGAGUUCAGAAUUCUCACAGGUCCUAACCACUGUGUUUAUUCUCAAUAAAUGGUUUCUUAAUAAUCGUUUUAAUUAGCAAAAAGGCUGUCUUAUUAAAGCUAAUUAAAGGCA